AUGGCUGCUCAGAAAAUUCGAUCUGCGAAUGCCAAUGGUCUGCCUCGUUGCAAGUCUGAGGGGACACUGAUAGACAUUAGUAGCAAUGUUCCUGACCCAAAUCUUAGUGAUGUGAAAGUGUUAUCACCAAGCUCUUUGCGUGUUGAUAGUCCUACUUCACUCGAGAAUGUUAAGGAAGUGGUGGCCAUCAAAGAUUAUUGUCCCAGCAACUUCACCACCCUGAAAUUUUCCAAGGGAGAACAUCUGUAUGUGCUGGACACAUCUGGCGGAGAAUGGUGGUAUGCACACAAUACUACAGAAAUGGGUUACAUACCAUCUGCAUAUGUGCAACCUGUCAAUUACAGAGACUCUUGUCUGAGUGACAGCGGUAUGAUAGAUGGACUACUGGAAAGUGUUGAUGAAGGAGUAAAGGAGAUGGAUCUAUUGGGUGACUGGACAGAUUUUCUCAAUCAUAACUCUGUUAAAACCAAUAACAACCCUUUUUUAAAGCCAGCUGUGUCAAAUCCCUUUCUCAAUGGGCCUUCCAUACCCCAAAAGAAGAAUGGUGACGAUUCAGUAAAUUCUGUUGACUUAUUACUAUUUGACCCAUUGGCUCCCUCUUCUGCUAUCUCUACAGAAACAAGUACCGAUGUGUUCUUAGAUUUGUUACCCCGUGCCAAUCAAACAAAUGUUGUUGAAGAGCCCAUCCCUGUCAGAAGAGACAACCCAUUCUUCCGGAGCAAGCGAUCCUACAGCCUCUCCGAGCUGUCCAUCCUCCAGGCAAAGUCUGAGAGUCCAGCCACUGGCAGCUUCUUUGCUGGUCUCAAGUCCCCAGCUCCUGAGCAGUUCCAGAGUAGGGAGGAUUUCAGAACCGCAUGGCUCAACCACCGCAAGCUGGCCCGGUCCUGCCAUGAUCUAGACUUGUUGGGCCAGAAUCCUGGCUGGGGUCAGACUCAGCCUGUGGAGACGAGCAUUGUCUGCAGGCUGGACAGCUCAGGGGGUGCCGUGCAGCUUCCGGAUACAAACAUUAGUAUACAUGUUCCUGAAAGACAUGUAGCUCCAGGUGAGACACAGCAAAUCUCCUUAAAAGCUUUGUUAGAUCCACCAUUAGAACUGAACAAUGACAAGUGUACCACUGUAAGCCCUGUGCUGGAAAUCAAACUGAGCAACAUGGAAGUGCAAAGUUCACUUAGCCUAGAGGUAAAAGCAUCUGUGGAGGUGCGCAAUAAUGUUGUUGGUCAAAAUUCUGUAGCAAUUAAAUGUUUGCGUAGUGAUAUUAAAGAAGGUCCAUACAACUUGCUGCCACAUUCCUACACAUAUGGAGACACAAUUCAAGUAAAGCUGGAAAAUCUUGAGCCAGUUAUGUAUAUAGUGAUGGUGGCUCAAGCACAAAAUAUUGUGCCUCCUUGCAACGUCUGGGACUAUAUUAAUAAAAGGGUCACUGUUGGACUAUAUGGGCCUAAACAUAUUCAUCCUUUAUUCAAGGCUGUUGUGGCCAUUUUCGGUCAUGACUGUGCACCUAAGACACUUCUAGUCAAUGAAGUAGGCCAACAGACUCGUGGGACAGCACCAGUGACUUUACAGCUGUGGGGUAAACAACAGUUUGUUCUUCCCAAGCCUCAGGAUCUCCAGAUUUGUCUUUUCUCCAACAUGACAAAUUAUAGAGUAGAUGCUGGAGAUCAGGGGAAGAUGGUAAGAGGUUUUCAACUAAAGCUUGGAAAAAUUAGCAGGUUAAUAUUUCCCAUUAGUUGCCAUGAUCCUGCACAACUUUCUGACUUCACACUGAGGGUGCAGGUUAGGGAUGAAUUGGGUAACAUCUUGUCACAAUACUGUGUACAGACUCCACGGCCAGCACCAAAAACUGGGCUUAAAUCCACUGGACCAAGAAGAUUUCUCAAGAAAAAAGAAAUUGGAAAGAUUGUUUUGUCUCCCCUGGCGGUCACAUGCAAAUAUCCAAUUUUCCAGGAUCGAUCAGUAACAAACCUGAAAUAUGGGAAGCUAAUAAAGACUGUGGUGCGUCAGAGCAAAAAUCCAUAUUUGCUGGAGUACAAGAAAGGAGAUGUGAUGGGCUCUCUUAAGUGAGGAAAAAAUCAAGCUUAAGGGACAAUUGUGGACAAAAGAAUGGUACAUUGGGUAUCAUCAGGGAAAAAUGGGCUUGGUUCAUGCAAAAAAUGUCCUAGUAGUAGGCAAGGCAAAACCAAGCUAUUUUUCUGGUCCUGAGUUGACCACAGGCGCCUUACUAGAGCAGAUCUUGCGUCCGUGCAAAUUCUUAACUUACAUAUAUGCAUCAGUGCGAACUCUUUUAAUGGAGAACAUUGGUAGCUGGAGGUCCUUUGCCGAUGCACUUGGUUAUGGAAACCUUCCUCUUUCCUACUUCUGUCGUGUGGAACUAGAAAGCGAGCCUGAACGAGUGGCUUCUGUGCUGGAGAAACUGAAAGAGGAGUGCAAUAACAAUGAGGGAAAGGAAAGGAAAUCAUUCCAAAAAGAGCUGAUUUCGGCAUUGUUGAAGAUGGACUGCCAAGGUUUGGUGGUCCGCCUGAUUCAGGAUUUUGUCUUGCUUACUACAGCGGUUGAGGUUGCUCAGCGUUGGAGAGAGUUGGCAGAGAAACUAGCUAAAGUGUCCAAACAGCAAAUGGAUGGCUAUGAAGCACCACAUCGGGACAAGAAUGGAGUUCUUGAUAGUGAAGCUAUGUGGAAACCAGCCUAUGACUUUCUUCUGACAUGGAGUGCCCAGAUUGGGGACAGUUACAGAGAUGUCAUCCAGGAGCUCCACACAGGACUGGACAAAAUGCGCAGUCCUAUCACAAAGAGAUGGAAACAUCUUACAGGAACACUAAUUCUUGUAAAUUCUCUGGACACACUUCGAUCAGCAGCCUUCAGCACCCAGGAACAGGAGGACUUUGUUAUCUAA